CGACGGCCAAUUCAGGACCUCACUUACUUGCCUACUUUGCAGUUACGUAGAUUGGGUCGAGUAUUUUUAAGCCAAAAUAUAUUUCAGAAUCUGUUUAUGAAUGUAGACUGACAAGCUCUUCGGAAAUGGUUCACAAACGACGUAAAAAUGAAGAUAACGAAAGUAUGUUUGAUUAAUGGAAUAUAUUCGCUACAGUCGACAUAACAACUUUCUUAAAAAAACAUUUCCCCUUUACGUGACGUUUUCCUACAGCUAUUUCACAUAUAAUUUGGUGUUUCGUAACCACAACUAUUCAAACGGGGGCACAGAUGAAAGAAUUUCUUCGAAGCCUCGCAGUAUGAGCGACCCUGUUGAUAAAUUCUAUAAAAGUAUCGUAGAAGAUGUUGUUCAGUCCAGCCGUGAACUGUUUAUAGAUGAAGGUAUCGACGAAACUGUUCUUACGGAGAUGAAAGCAGCGUGGUUAAAGAAAAUCCAAGAUUCUAAAGUGUUUGAAUUUUCUAAAGUGAACAGAACAAAUGCUGAUGUUAAUGGUUAUGGAAUUAUUUCUCCUGUGUGUAGCAACAACAAUUCUGAACUAUUUGUUCCUUCUAUUCAUUUGGCGAGACCUCGCAUACGCGGACCACGAAGUUCUUGUACAACUGCUACUAUAGCCCUGCCGUAUGGACUUUACAACCAGCAAAUUAGGGAUUUAAAUAAUGCCGGAAUCUCUCUUCAACAUAAUGGUAAUGGACAUUUUUUAGCCAUUCUCCCACCAGAACAACAUCUACUGCAGCCACUUUCUACUGCUUGGACUUCUGAGAAUUCAGGGUUAGGGUCCCAUUCUGUUAAAGAUAACAACAAACCGACUUCACGGUGUUUUCCUUUAAAUUUAAAUUUGCCUUCCAUUCACCAAAAUGGAAGCUCGCCUUCCAAAUUGCAUGGUCCGGCUACCAAAACCCAUUUACCAUUAAGGGUUGCUGUAAUUAGUGAAAGUACUACACCGACUACAGUUAGUUCUUCUCUGUCCAGUGCUACCGGUCAAGUUAGUUCUACUAGGGUUGUACAUACAAACGUUAAUUCUGUCAAGGACCUGAAUAAUUGUGACAACACCAAUGCAAAUGACCCUGUUGGUCAGUUGUCAACGAAUGAAAGUGAGCUACUUGGAGAUGCUGGACCAAACAACAGGACCCGCUGUAGCAUUUCUGAGAAAAACGAUAGUAACUCGGUUCAACAGGUACAGAAAAGUUUAAUAACCACACAUACAGAAACCAAUAAAGCGAACAGCGAAUUUUUAACUCCUCAAGUCUCCUCUUCUACUCAGUCUUGUCACGGAGGAAAUAUGGAGCAGAAUUACUUUUGCAGUUCGAACCAGCCCAAUCGUCUUCCCGUCUCUUCACUUUCCCACCAAGAUAACUUUACAGGUUACUCUACAGUUAAACCAUUGCCUCCUUUUUACCACGAGAGUAGAACGUCGGUGGACAACACUCCGUCCACUCUAGAGGACUUUCUUGAGGAUAUCUCCGGCCCACUUUCGCAAAAUUAUCAAAGUUACGUUCCAGACGAAAAACACCCUAAAUUUCCUCCAGCUGAUACCACCACCUCCAAUAAUAAUAAUAAACCUACCUUGUUAAAUGACUCACUGGGCCAGACCCCCAUCAUGUCUGUGGCAUCAUCUUCAGAUAAUUCUUGUAAAGGAAGUGGCCUCAGAAAAAUAUGUCAGUUAAGUGAGGAAGAUAUGAAAACUAUAGAGGAAAUUUUACAAAUGGACGGAACUAAUGACACAGAAAUAGAGGACCUAGCUGGACAUAAUUUGGGCAAUGGCACAAACAUGUCUCCAGUCAGGGUCAAAAGCAAAAGUUUGAAUAUGUCUUGUCAAUUUGAUGGUGAGAACACGGGUUCAAUUUCUUCCUCUGACAACAACACAAGCAAAGAUGAAGAAAGCAGCAGCGAAUCUGAAAGUAGCAGCAUAAGCGAUGAAAUUGACGAAGAAAUUGUAGACAUUGGUAUUGAAUCUGACCCGUUAAAUACUGCCGACGAUGACAGCGAUGCCGACAUUUGCGCCAUGUUCGAAUCAGAAAACGUUAUCGUCUGUCAGUUUGUGAAGAUUUCUCGCAUCAAAAACAAAUGGAAGUUUCAGUUAAAAGACGGCAUUUUGAACCUGUUUGGUCGAGAUCUGUUGUUCUCUAAGGCAGUCGGAGAUGCUGAAUGGUAACAACACCGAGCAAAUUUAAUUCAAGUCUUUGCAGUCAAUGUUUUUGUUAUAAAUCUUAAAUUAUUGAUGAACCCUUUAAUCACUGUUGCUUAGCCCCAGGUCAGCCUUGACCCGGUUAAUCUAUGAUAAUACAUUCCAGUCAGGAACAUCCCAGUUUUUAUUCAGACAUAUCUCGUGCUAUUCCGUGUUCCGAUUUUUUUUUUGAUUUUUUUUGUAAGGCAAUAAAGGUGAAAUAUGAGGGGGACAUGACUAUUGUUUCUAGAAGAUAAUACCAUGUCGAGGACCCAUAGUGGUUAGUAUUUAAUCUUUGUUGUAUUUCUUUGUGAUAGCUAAACAAACAGCAAAUGGUGUCCGUGAAUUGGGGUUUCUAUUUCUGUUCGGAAUCUCUUUAAGUUGCAAUUGUAAAUGAUGUUGAAAUAAGCACGAACACAGCAUCCAUAUUUAUGAUUGUUUCCUCUGUUGUGUUAUGAUCGGAUGGGUGAGGGUAGCUACAUCUGGCCAGUACCUUCAUCUUAUGUUACAGCAAGUGACUUGACUCUAUUUGAAAGCUGACGAAAUGUCACAAAUAUAGAUGGAAAACCGGUUGGAACGUCAGGUGAAAAAAAGAU